AUGCCUUUCUCGGAGCUUUAUUUCAAUGUCGAUAACGGCUACCUCGAGGGUCUGGUCAGGGGAUUCAAAGCUGGAAUACUCUCACAAGCGGAUUAUUUAAACCUUGUACAAUGUGAGACCCUCGAAGACCUGAAACUUCACCUGCAAAGCACAGACUAUGGAAGCUUCCUGGCUAACGAGGCUUCGCCCCUGACGGUGUCUGUCAUUGACGACAAGCUAAAGGAGAAAAUGGUCGUAGAGUUUCGCCACAUGAGGAACCAAUCGUAUGAGCCCCUGGCCAGCUUCAUGGACUUUAUCACAUAUAGUUACAUGAUCGAUAACGUCAUCUUGCUCAUCACGGGAACCCUUCACCAGCGUGCCAUCUCUGAGCUGGUGCCAAAGUGUCACCCACUGGGAAGCUUCGAGCAGAUGGAGGCUGUCAAUAUCGCUCAGACUCCAGCUGAGUUGUACAACGCCAUCCUGGUUGACACGCCGCUCGCUGCAUUUUUUCAGGAUUGUAUAUCUGAGCAGGACUUGGACGAAAUGAAUAUUGAAAUAAUCCGUAACACUCUCUACAAGGCUUAUCUUGAAGCAUUCUAUAAGUUCUGUUCCAACUUGGGAGGAACUACAGCAGAUACCAUGUGUCCAAUCUUGGAGUUCGAGGCUGAUAGAAGAGCCUUCAUCAUCACCAUCAAUUCAUUUGGCACUGAGCUAUCUAAGGAAGACCGUGCUAAGCUGUUUCCCCAUUGCGGAAAGCUUUACCCAGAAGGCCUCGCUCAGCUGGCCCGCGCUGACGACUAUGAGCAGGUCAAGGCGGUGGCUGAUUACUAUCCUGAGUACAAGCUGUUGUUUGAGGGUGCUGGCAGUAACCCAGGCGACAAAACACUGGAGGAUCGCUUCUUUGAGCAUGAGGUAAAGCUGAACAAACUAGCUUUCCUCAACCAGUUCCAUUUCAGUGUUUUUUACGCUUACGUCAAGCUGAAGGAGCAGGAGUGCAGGAAUAUUGUUUGGAUUGCCGAGUGCAUCGCCCAGCGGCACCGUGCCAAGAUUGACAACUACAUUCCUAUCUUUUGA